GCUACAGGAACCACCUCCAGCAGAAGCUGCAGCAGACGUCCCUAGACCGAGUGUGUCCACUUCAGGACCAGUGUGCAACUAGUGGUCGGUGGUCCCUUAAGCCAUAGUUCAACCAAGUUCCAAAAAAAAAACCCCAAAAUAAAACCCGGAAGUUCCCGUUUCUACUCCAUCAGCUGUUCCAACGCAUCGUAGUAGGCCGGCUCGUCGAAGCGUGUUCGUGCAUGCACGCAUCUCGUGUGAGUGUGACCUUUCGCCGACUACUAGAUUAAACACCCGCCGACGAUUUCCCAUUCAUUAUCGUGUGCUGCCCUAGUCGAGUCCGAGUCGACAAAGAAGUGCGUACGUCGUCGGCGUGUGUAGCCGCGUGUGUGUGAGAGAACAAUAUGUUUUACUUCCCCGGUGUGAUGAUCAACCUGGAAGAGCCCCAGCAACCGGUGGUGACAUCUGCCGACGUGGUGGGCGCCGCUGGAGGACUGGAGCGCGUUGCUGAAGAAUUGAUGGGACGCCGGAAAUGGAAGCACUACCAGGAUGUCCUCACGCGCCAACAGUUGAACCUGCUGGAUCCGAGCCCCAAUUCUGCCACGACGACGACCACGACCACGGUUGUGGACCACCACCACCACCACCAGCAUCACCACCCGCAUCCCCACGACGGUCACGACACCCAGCUGCUGCAAGCCGGAAGUCCGCAAGUCGUGGGCCCGUUGACGCCCUCGAUGGUGGCGGCGGCCGUUGCGGCCACCGGCAAUCUGCUGCACCAAGGUGGCAGCGGCGGUGGAACGGGUGGUGGUGGUGGCGCCGAGAAGGCUGUGGCCACGGCCGCCAUCGUACGCAACGGACACUACCAGCAGCAACAACAACAGCAGCAAGACGGCGACUUUCCCGAGUCCAAGCAGGCCACCAACAAUCAACAAGUGGCCGCCGCCAUCGCAGCAGACAAGCUCCAGCAACAACAACAACAGUUUCAUCCAGAGGCUGCUGCGACCACCGGCAACACCACCCCCACCCACAAGCAGCAGAAUCACUUCAAUGAGAGCGAUUCUUCUUCGACGAAGAUCUGCCCCUCCACCUCCUCCCCUCCUCCGCUAGCACCCGUCAACUCCUCUUCUUCUUCUUCGUCGACGGUGGCGGUGGGGACGGAUCUCCUCACCAACAACAAUCACCACCACCACCACCCUCACCACCCCGCCGUCAGCACCCUACAGCAACAACUGCAGCAGGGUGGCGAUCGAAGGAAGCCACGAGGCGGUGGAACAAGACUAAGUCAGCAGCAGCGGGAAGAAGAAGAAGACGACGACGACGACGAUGGAGCAGCUGCCGGUGCCACCUUCGAGGGAGAUCAACCUGCGGACACGAAACCGGUGGUCUCUGUGACGUCACCGAUACGGCCGAGUGAGGGCCGGGACGGUCGUGACGAGGAGGGGACGGACUUGGAGCAGGGAGAGGGGGUCGGCGCGAAGCUGACGGGGAUCAAGCGGGAAUCGACAGAAAAUCAAACCAACUCAACCACCCCCGAUCAGGGCAGCCAACUGAUCAAGCAGGAAAAUUGUAACAACUUGUUCAGCAGCAAACUCAUCAUCAACAACAACAACAGCAGCAGUAACAACAACAACAAUAUCCCUCCGUCCGCCGACCCGUCGGUGGUUGCGGAGCACGGAACGUCCCCAUCCGUCGCCGCCGGGUCGCCCCCGCUGGUCAAGAAGAGCGCGUCGCCACCGCCGACGCCCGUCGACUGGAAGCCGCAGGAAAAGUGCUACUUUUGCGUCGACGGCAAGCUGCUCACGGUGAACGAGGCCGGCGAGCUGGUGCCCGAGUCCGGACCGGAAGUGCGCCCCGGCGCCAAGAUCAUCGAUCUGGAUCUGGCCCAGACCCUGCAGGACUCGGACAGCGAUUCGAGCGACAGCAGCGAGCAGGACCUGCGGGAAGUGCUGCGCCGGCAGGGAGCGGGUUCGGCCAAAUCGCUGGCAGCGCUGCUGCGCGGAGCCACGGCCGGCGGUGGCGGAGUCCCGCCGACGAUGGCCUCGCUGCAGUCGAUGUUUGCGGCGGCCGCCCUCCAGGGCAUCCAGCCGGGUCUGGCGCAGUUCUACAAUCCCCUCUGGUACAGCCAACUCCAGCAGCAAAUGUCCCCGUCGGGUAGUUCGGCCACGGCAGGAACCACACCGACGGCGGAGCUGGCCGGAAGUCCCAAGGGUGAAUCGGGCAGCGCAGUAGGAGGUGGCGGUGGCGGCGAUGGGCCGCUGGAUCUGAGCGCCAAACCGGGCACGUCCGGGCUGAACGCGGCCGCCAUGAUGGCGGCCAUGAUGGAUCCGAAGCACUACAAAGCCAAACCCCGCCUGUCGCCCAUCGGAGGCCGUCGGACGUACACCGAGGACGAACUGCAGAACGCCCUGCACGACAUCCUGAAUGGUCGGCUGGGGACGCGACGAGCUGCCGUUCAGUACGGUAUCCCGCGGUCCACGUUACGCAACAAGGUGUACAAGCUAGCCAUGGAGCACAAGCGCGAGAUGCUGCACAACAUGUCGCUGGCGGCACUCGUGGACGACGACGACGACAAGGACUCGGUCGAGGACGGAGACAUAGGUAAGGAGGAUAGCUAUCAACUUAAGCUGAACCAGCAAGCGUUUGCCGAGGCGUAUCUGCGAAUGUACGCAGGAACUCCCAAGCCGGAACCUGGGUCCGGUCCGUCGACGCCUCCUCAGCAGCAAGCGACGCCCGAGCCGGCGGCAACGAGUACCCCUACGGUGAGGCCAAUCCAAACGCCUCAAAAAUCGGUGACGCCUCAAUCGGCAGCGACACCUGCCGCGACCGCCAGUAAUUCCAACCUGCUCGAUCCUAACCUGUUGGUUCAGCUGCAGAGCCUUCUGCUGGCAGGAGGUAUCUCCGGUUUGACGAAUGCCGCCAAAAGCCCGGAGGAAGCGAAUGCUAUCCAAACGGCCCUGUCGGUACUACCGGAACUGGUCAACAAGCUGGUUCAACAGCAGGAACUGAUCGAGCAGAUCAAGAAGGCAAACGAGCCUCCUCGACCGAGCGCUAGCACGCCCACCCUCAACAAUGGCCAACCGAUCGAUCCGCGACUACUGCCGUAUCUGCAACAGCAACAGAACAAACCUCGAACGGCGUCCGGAACUCCGGAGACCACGACCUCCUCGAUGGACCUGAACGACGGUGGCAGCGAUGAUUCGCAGGUUAUCCUGAAGAUCCCCUCGUACAAACCCGUUCCCGGUGGUUCUCCGAUGCCAGCAACGGCUGCCGCUCUGUUGGCGACCAGCAAGAACGGUGACCACCAUCACAGUCUGUCCACUCCGUCGCCACCCACUGCCCCACCUCCAACGGUGCGUGAUCUCAGCAGUCUAGCCGCUGGCCCCAGUGCAAACAGCAAUAGCGCUAGAUCAGUGCACACCGCUAGUCCCCACUCGCUACAUCCGGCGGCACAUCGCGACCGUGAUCAGCAGGUGCCCGGUCAGCAGCAACCGCCGGUUCUAAACCAUCACCAUCCCCACCACCUGUCGUCCGUGAUAUCGCCGCCGUUGGGCAUCCGACCCCGCAGUAACUCCCAGUCACCGCCCAGUCUCUUGGGCGGCAAGUCGAUGCUGUCCAUCAACGACGUGAUCGCAAGAAGCAUCAGCAAAAACUUCCAACAACAUCACCAGUCCGAUCUGCUCAAGCAACAGAUGGAGAUGGAGCAGUACAAGCGGCCAACCAUCUCGGUCAUCAAGAACCUGGGCGGUACGGACAUUUCGCGGUUCGGCCGGGAUCCAAACAUCACGCAAAUGACGGCGGCCCAGCUUGCCAACACUGGCACCGGUGGAAAGGGCACUCGACCAAAGCGAGGCAAGUACCGAAACUACGAUCGUGAUAGUCUGGUGGAAGCGGUCAAGGCUGUGCAGCGGGGAGAAAUGUCGGUUCACCGCGCUGGUAGUUACUACGGUGUUCCCCACUCGACGCUCGAGUACAAGGUCAAGGAACGGCACCUGAUGAGGCCAAGGAAGCGCGAGCCAAAACCGCAGCCCGGAUUGGACGGACUCAAGUCGGAUCUCGGGGCGGGCAGUUCUGUGAUGCGUAAUAUGGACAAGAGUAAAAACUUGGCGAUGGGAUCGGGAUCAAAGGGAGGACAAAUGAAGAGUCAAUCCGGAGCGUCUCCGAGGGGACUUAAAAUGCCAAUGUUUGACCCGGCAUCGAUGGCUUCACAGCUGCCGUACGGAGCUCCGUUUUUGUGGCCCCAUGCGGCGGCUGGUUUCUCCGGGCUGCCCAUGGACUUUGGUCGUCAAUCAGCGGGAGCUGCCGGAGGAGCUGGAUCUAGUGGUACCAAUGCCAACGACAGUAUCUUCGCCUCACCGAUGAUGCAGCGGUUUCAGGAUCCUCAAGGUUCGAAGGGAUCGCCCAUGAACAACUCCGGCCCGAGCGGACCCAAAACUGCGCGAGAACUUGCCGAAAGCAUAUACGACGGAACUAGUACAAACGGAUCGCUGCUGGACGACAUCAUUCGGCACAGUUUGGACAAGAAGCCCGGCGAGAUGUCUCACGGAGCGCUGUUCGAUCAGCUGAUGAAAAACAACAACCUGCGAACGACGCCAGCGACAGCGGGUUCGUCCUCGUCGGCGAUAGCCGGGUCGGACGACCCGUCCGCAGCCCAUCUUGCCAAGGUCGGUGCUAAGCGCGGUGCCACCAGUCCGCUCAACUUCCUGCCCGAAAUCAUCAAACGGGAACGUGCUAGUCCCGGUGCGUCGUCCACCUCGUCCACGAGUAGCAGUAAACCGCCAAAUGCCACCGCCAGCUUCAACGAUCACCUUCCGCACCACCAGCUUCAGCUCCAGCAGCAACAGCACCAGCACCAGCAACGACAUCUGAAUACCUCCCUCGAUGGCACCGGCACAGCGAGUUCCGCUUCGGAACUGCUUGCCCAGGGCAACCUCGCCGUCGAAAGCAUCCUCAAAAUGCGUGAGGAUCUCACAUCGCUGUCCGCGGCGCACCACCACAAGAGGACACCGAUGGAAGAUCAACACAACGGUGACAACAACCUCCAGCAACAACUCCAGCAGCAGCAGCAACUUCACCACCAUCAACAGCAGCUGUCGCACCGGCUCGUUACCAAGCUGCCAACGGCGGCGACCGACGACAGUUCAUAGAAGUGGCUGCCCCGAGAGGCGCUGCUGUUGUGGCGCUCCAGCACGCUACUAGGUUAGAAUCAAAAUGGCGGCAAACAAUGGGAGAACAAAAUGUAGUUCAAAUAUUAUUAUUGUAGUUAAACUGGGGAUAAUGCAUGUGCAAGUGUUAACAAUUUUUAUCCACAAACACACACACACACACACACACACACACACACACAACUCUUUUAAGCAAAAGAAAACGGAGAAUCAAAAUAUUAAUGAUGAUGAAGAUGACGAUGAAUUAGUAAGAGGAAAAUCGCAACAAAAAAAAAACAAACAAUACACACUAGUAAAAAGCAUUAGAGAAUGGUUUUUAAGGUGAUGAAGAAGAAGAAUCAUUAGAAAACGCAAGUUUUUUGACAAUCGACAAAUAGGCUCUUGUAAAUUCCGGAACCACACACCUUUCCCUCACUCUACAACCAAACUCUCCUUUCCUAGCGGACAAAAACAAACAAGAAAAUCGCAAAUUUUGGAAAACGUCCCCGCGAACCCCCAACUACCCAUAUGCUCCUCAGACUAUCUCUCGUACACAACCACAAACAAACAAGCAGUAAGGGAAGCAGCCGAAAAUAUAAAAAAAGGUAGGAUCAGUCAAUCAGAAAGUCUGAUUUUUAUAAUAUAACCGUGCGGAGAUGAUUUUGAGACAAAGAGACAACUUUUGGAGUUUUAUCAUUUUACAAACAGCAAAGAACAACAGAGAUAACGCAGUCAAAACAUCAAAUUUUAGGUAACAUUAAGAAACGACUAUCCCGUCACCACAUCCCCUACCCCUUAAUAAUUUAAAUAUGACGUAUUUGAAUCGUUUCAUCAGCCCCCACUCUGCGUGAUCCUGUCACAAUUGAUUUUUGAUGUUGCCAUUAGCGCCAAAUUGCUUCAAAUGGCCCCCACAACCAGUCCCCAGCGACCUCUUGCUUCAAACAGAAAAAAAACCGUGAUAAACCACGAAUCAAAUAAAAAUUAUUUCCCCCCCUGGAGUACAGGAGGGAGAGAGAGAGUAGCAAAAAAAUCAACAAAGAUUAAUUAAUCUGCAUUUGUCAUAUCGGUACAGCUAUCAAAUAGCUACGAUGGGGUGGGGAUGAAUUAAAAAAAAAACCAUGCUACGCACCCUGCCGGAACAACGCACGCGAACUUUCUUCGCCGGGGCUAGGCCCCGGGGCCAGCAGUCAUCGUCCACCCGGGGACCGCCGAUUGAUGCGGGAUUAACUGGAACCUUUUUUUUAUUUUUCCUGGCCCGGCUCUGCAAGGUGGGUUUAUUUAACUACUUAUUUAAACGAUCGAUGAUUGUAAAAUAAAAAACUAUGCAAUGUGAAGAAAAACAUCUUUUGAAAAUUUUGAGAUAAUUUUUUUUUUUAUUAUUCGAGGUAAAUUGAAGUUUCAACCUUUCAAAAACAAAUAUUUUAAAUAAGUUUUUAUUUUUUAAUUAAAAAUUUCAUUAAAGCCCUCCCAGUAGCUACCCUCUCCAAACAACGUUUCAACCCUUGCCGCAACUCAAUUAAAACAAUCCCCAGUUACUCACACAUUCACGUACUGUAAUGACUGUGAAUUAAGGCGAGGUCGCCGGGGAAGUACCACGAACGACUACAGGAGCAGAAAAAAAUGAAUCGAUCAAACACGCAAUUAUCCAAACCCUCUCGAUAUGCUUUUUUUUUUUGUUGUUUCCCCCCAUUCCUGGUUUUAAAUCAGGAUGAUGAUGUCGAUGAAAAGAUCCUUUUUCCCCGGAUGAUUUCAUUAACUUUAGUCUGGAUUUUUAUGUAUUAUGAAAUUCGUUAUUUUUUCCACUCCACAACUUAUCCAAUCCUUCAUCAGCUACAGAAAAAAAAACAGAAAUCGCCAACUUGAAAAUGCUUUUUAUGUAAAUCUCUGUCAAAUACGGACAAACACAACUAACAGUUUGGGGGAAAAACAGAUAAAAACAAAAACUUUUGCACAUUUUGUAAACAAAGUAAAUUAAUGUCGUGGCUAACAAAAUUAAAACAAAACAAAAAACUACUCGUCAAAACGUGUAUCGAUUUAAAAAAACGUCAUAUUUGGUGUUCAAAAUUCUAUUCAGAAAAUGGCAAAAUCUAUCGAUAUAGUAAGCAAAAACACAAAAACACUAUCAAAAAGAAAAAUCGUAAAUAUAUUUAUGUUUACCUUUGAGAAAAUAUAAAAAGCGGAGACAAAAUUUAUGAUGCAUUUUAACAAAAAAAAAAAGAAAUAAAAAGCUGCAAAGGAUAAAACAGUAAAAUAUUCUAUGUUUCGACGUUUUUAUCUUAAACCAAAUCAAAAUAAAAAUCCACCAAAAAGUAUUUGUGUACUACGUGAAAAAUAUCAAAAUUUAAGGGACAGCAAAAUAUCACAACAAAAAAAGUAAACUCGGUGUUUUAACUAAGGUUACAAGACAAAAACACGCGCACGACUACCACAAAAAAAGACGCGUCAGUAAAAUAUAAAAAAUUUAAAUGUUUCGCAUCUCAUUAUCAUUAAUCCUCACAAUUUAUUAUAACUAUCAGUGAAAAUCGCAGGUCGGAAGGCAAACUAAAGAGUGGAAAUUGCCCCCUUCCUUCAUAGCGCAAACAAAAUCCCAAAAAUAAAAUAAAACUCCACGCUGCACCCUCGAUUCUGACCCCUCUGUCGGCAGAGAGUGUAGUAUUCAAAACAGUUUAAGAGAAGGUAAAACAAACACAAGCAGAGAAAAAUAUAUUAUAUAUGUGUGUGUCUUCACGUCGCGUAUACCUCAAAAGAAUGCAGAAAAAUGGACAAACAAGAAAAAUUAAACAGCACUUUUGUUUAGCUAUCCCAUUUAAAAUUUUCAGUUUUGAAAUUGAUUCCUUAUACAUACCCCUCAAAACACACAUACCUCGUUCACAUCCCCUGAAAAAUCUAUUCCCCAAAAAAUAAAACGAAAUGAUUUACCAGCUGAACAAAUUUUCUAUUUUCGAAACAACAUGUUUUAAAUUUCAUACCGCUUCGGAAUCAAAACAAAAAUAACACACAGAGAUGAAAGACAGAAAAAAAAACAAACAAUGGAGAAAAUUUUAUAUGAAGGUAAAAUUAUACAUAAUAUAUUAUAAUUAAUUAUUGAAAGUAUAUUUAUACACUAUCUGUGAUUGAUAAUCCAAAAUUUUGAUGUAUAUUUUUCUCUCUAAAACAACAACAAAAAAGCGAAAGAAACAUAUUUCGUUAAGUGAAACAAAAAUAUGAGAGAGGAAGUUUCAACAAACAAAGAAGAGAGAAGAAAGUGUGUUUUUGAGCGUAGCUAAAUCAAAACAAAAUCAAACAAAUCUUUCGAAAACUUUCGGUUAACAUUAACAAACACACACGUACACACCGAACAGGAAUACAUCAAUAGAGCAAUCCAGAUAUGAAGUAAACCCAAAAACAGGCCAUUGUUUCCAUUCUUUCAAACACAACAGUGAAGCAACAAGCCCGAUUUUAAACACACACACACACAAACAUUUCUGAACCACUGUUUUUUUGUUUCUGCGCGAUUCGGUUUAUGAUUCGGCUGCUCGUCACCAAAGUGGUGGCGUUCUACCAACCACCACCACUAUUACAACUACCACCACCAUACCUACAACUUCAACUUACUUGUGUUACGAAGCUAAACAACCGAACGGAGAUACCGAUUUGUUUUUAUUAGAAGAAAAAAAAGGAGUAAUUUAAUAUUAAAAAUAAUAAAAAAGUGCAAUUAGAACGAUAUAAACCGUAACAUAUUCGUUAUUUAUAUUAAAAAGGUGAAAACACGGGAGAAGAAAAGAAAACACAUGAUGAAGCAAAGGUAAAAAUAAAUUAAAAUAUAUAGGGAAAAUUAUUUAAUUCUAUAUUUACAAAAAAAAAGCAACAAAAAAGGAAAACCUAUGUGAAGUAAGAGAAAGUCUUAUUAAAAAUCACGAGAAAUUGUAAAGAAAAACAGUGAAGAAAAUUAUUAGAGCAGUUUUUGUAUAGGUAACAAAAGAAAACAAAAAAGAAACUUGAACAAACAUGUGACAGCUAAAGGGAAACGCUUUGAAACAUUGAUAAAAGAAAACAAAUGCAUCAAAGAACGCAUUUUCGGUAAAAACAAAAGGCAAAAUCUUCAUUCGAGGCAAGCAAACACACAAACAAAACAAGUCUGGGUAUGUGUUUCAACAGCAAAACUAAGCGUAAAUCUAAACAAAAAUUAUUGGAGAGACACAAGAUUGAUUACGAAGUAAACAAACAAAAAUACCAGAAACGUUCGGUUCUAUCAGAGAAGAGAAAGUCGGAAUUCCUUGAAGCAUGAUAAUACUUUUUUUUUCUUUUUUCUUUUUCCUCUUAGGCAGUACAACUUUCUUUGAGCAAUUGCUUACAUAACAUAAACGAACGAAAAUCAAAAUCUUUUCUGUUCGGAAACGAACAAAAAUCCUACUGAUAGCUAGUGCAAUCUUUUUUAACAAGCAUUUUCUACUUGUUUUACCAUUUUUUAAGUGAGGAUAGAUAAAUUAACAUACAUCCAAGCGCGAGAAAUAAUUCAAGUUCUGAAAGUUUUGGCUGGCGUUAUUCUAACAUACCAACAAGCGAUCAAAACAUCUUAAUGAACAUUUGGUUAGGUUUAUGUUGAAAAAAGAAUGUCAAGCAAACAGGAAUAACCGAAAAUAACAACAUCAAUGUACAAAGUCUGCAAACACCAUCGGCGGGCAAACAGCAACAUCUCUUGUUGAAAGGGUUUCUUUUACGUUAAAUAUCAAAAUACUGCUGCUACAACUUUUAUUUUUCUUUCGUAACAAACCAGACCACCAACUUUGGAUUUUGCAAGUAACACACAACAAAACACUUUUGGCCAACUGGACACAUUUCGGAUUACUGGAAAAUUUUGAACACACACAUACAUAAAUAAGAACGCAAGUGUACGAAGCGAACACUGGCGGCACGUCAACACCUACACAAGCAGCCACAGGUCGCGUCGCACACGCGUUCUACCGUACCGGGUCGAACACACAAACACAAACUCGAACUCGAUAUCAGCGGACCUGACAGUGAUCACUCGACCAUUGCUUACUACUAGUUAUGCCGAUCUUCCUUUGAUACUCAUGCCAGGUAUCCACUUUUAUCGUGGAGUGUUCGACCCCAAAUUGUACGAAACAGCGUACCAAACUAUAAUAUAAAACAACCAAACUUCAACCUCCCCACAAACAAAUCUAAGCCGACAGUCGAUUGUUACUAUAAUACGCUGUACAGUGUGCUAUAGUAAUUGAACAAUAGCUAUCAAAACCAAACAUAUGUAUCAAUAGUAAACAAACAAUAGCAAUGGAUAUCUCUCACACAACUACAAACACAAAACACACAAACAAAUUGAAAUGAUUAUUGCUGCUACCAUAGUCGAUAAAAACAAACAAACUUUUACUGCAAUAGUUGACACAACAAUUAAUGCAUUAUUUGAUCACACACACACACACACAAACAAUCUCACAAACAACACAACACCGUUUUGUCUAAACUACAAUAGCCUGGUUACGUGGAAGAGCACAAGUUCUUCUAUGUAUUUUCUGCUGCACAUACAAACAAACAGUUGAUUACCAAUACACACUCACAUACAUUUUUUAUAUCUAUCUGUUACUUUUUCUAAAGCAGUAAUAAUUAUUACUAUAAGAAGUUAUGACCCAAUUCACCCCGUUCCCUUUAUCCCUUGAUCCCCAACAACAACAAGAUACACAAACAAAUACAAACUAACAAUUACACACUCCUACAAUAGAACUUAAUCACAAGCACACGCUGCAAAAUUCAACCAAUCGAGCAGUCCCCGCGCAGUGCGUUAGAGCUACCGCGUGCGGGACCCCUCGAUUGCCAAAAAUACAAUAGUUGUAAAAAAAACAAAUCGAAAUGUGAAAAAUUUACAAUAAGAAAACUCCGUUUAAUAAACACCCACACGCACACUUGAUCCUGGCAAUGGUCUGCAAACAGUGUGCGUGUGUUAAUGCAAAUUUCGUACUACAGUAAUUCCAAUUCUUUUACAAUAGAAUCAAAUCACACAAAUACAGUAAUGAAAGAAAGCAAAAACAAAGACAUGUUGCUGGAAGAAUUAAAACAAAAACAAAAAGUAAAGCAUAAAACAAACACAUAGUUAAUGCCAAGACUUGUCGCUUAUUGGAACGAAUCAAAAACAUGUUUGCCACUGCGCUGCUUGAGAACCUCGAGAUCACUUCAUUCCGUUUCAGAAUGGAAAUUUACUCAGCAUACGAACAGGAAGUAAUACAAAAGUAAGGCGAACGAUUAGUUAAAUGUUUAUUAUGCAAAUUAGAUUGAGUACGCCUAUUCCUCGAGCUCGAUGCAGGAUAACAGAGUAGACUUAUUCAAAGUUUAAUAUUCUUGCUUCGGAAAUCAUUCCGGUGAGACCUGUACUAUUCUUGUUGAACAUAUUUUUCUACACAGUGAGCGAGUUUUUAGGAGAAAUUGAGAUCAACAACAAGAAGAUUUAUCGUCGAGACGAUCGUUUGUUCAUUAGGGUUUUCUUGAGUAUCUGUCAUUAAUAACAACAAUAAACAAAGAAAACAAACAUACAAAUCUAAGAUGGCUGCCUGAAACAAUAAAACAAAUCAUACAAGUAAACAAAUAGAAUCAUAGUAGUCCAAGAAACAAGCGAGCACAACCAAAAACACACCCAUACCCAUACCCCUAUCAGCAAAUGCCUCUACGAAGAACCAACAGAAAAUAAACAAAACAAAGCAACAAUAACGGAAAACAAAAACAAAACACGUUUUAAUUACUUUGUAUAUGUUUUAUGCUCUUUGGUAGAAAGAAAAAAUAAACAAAUUUUACCACCAUGAAUGUGCCAGAAAACAAGACAAGAUUGAUUAGUUGGCCUACAAGUGGCCCAAAAUAUCCUGUCUGGAAAUCUCCUUUAAAGUUUGAAAAAUAAAAAUUUGGUUGAUUUUUACAUUUUUCGUUAAAUCUAUGACAAAACAAGUAAAACAAAACUGUCCACCUCUUUAUAGAAAAAAAAAAUGAACGCAGUGAAUCACAUGGCCCAAAGCAAAACAAAAGCAUACGUUAAAGAAAAAAAGAAGAAAAAGUCGUGUUUAGAAAAAAUGCCUUAUAACUUAUAAAACAAAAUCAUCAAAAAAAAAACAAACCAUUCGAAGCAUAAAUCCUGUACAGCCAGUUUGGAACUUAUUCAUAAGAAAACAUAAAAACACACACCAAAAAUAAACGCAUACGCAAAAAUUACUGUGUGACCAUUCUAUUGAAUUAAACUGACAAAAACAUAACACAUUGACACACACACACUGUAUAUGGUUGUUUAACAAAUUGUUCGUGGAAGUAAAAAAAACCUAAAAAAAAUACUUUAUUGAAGCACGGAAGUGCAACUUCAUUAGUAACCAAAAAGGAAGAAAUGAACUGUUUUCAAUGUCUAGCAAAGCAAACUAUCAAAAUUAUAUCUCUCGCGAAGGAGGAACAAAAAACCGUGUCACUACUGGAAAACAAGUAACUAUUUUUAUAGGCGAUAGGAAACAAAAUCUUAACUCAUGAUUUCAACGUCUGGCGACAGAUAAAAAACGGGGAAAAAAACUUUAAAAACAACUCUACUUUAGGCAAUAUUUUGGCAUAAAAACAAGCAACUGAGUAAAGAAACAGCCUAUACUAUUUUUAUUUUAAUCUUUCUUUAGGAAGAAAUAUAAAGGUUUCACGCUUUCUCAUAGUAAAACAUAAACAAGUGUGUUAACAUUCGUCCUUAACAUCGCUGCUGAAGAAUUUGUCAGAAAUGGUUUGUUUAACAACGCAUGGAAUUGCAAAAAAAAGUGUAAAUAGCUAACCCCAACCCGUUGGAAGAACAAAACACAUUAUUUUUUUCGUUUUCAUUCAAACCGAAUUGGCAAUACUAAAUUGUGAUGAGAGUGGAUAAUUUCCCUCCGUGUUCAAACCCGCAAAACCAAAACUGUAAACAAAAUAAUGGAAUGAUACGAGACUGAGCAGCCACGAACGAAACUGUGAUUGGUUAUGUGUGUUCGAAUAUUGAAAACAGGAGAAGAAAAAAAACACGGUCGGAAAGCUUUCACAACAAAAUUGGAAUCAAAAUUGUGCUAAAAAUUGUGAUUUUAGUUUGUAAUUGGUUAGGGAAAAGCGCAUAACUCCUUAGGAGCGUUCAAAAUUAUGUCAUUGUGAUAGCGAUUGGUCGACACAAAUACACACACAAACACCAAAGAGGCAACACAGAAUCACACAAACACUAAAUUGGCUGCACGUCAUCCGCUUUCGAUUAGGAGCAAACAUUCAUCUAGCAAGCUUAGUAAAAAAAAGAUCGUUUUUGUUUCGUUAAAUCGUGGAAAAUAACUCGUUUUUUCCAGUUUACUUUUUGCGGAUGAAAUCUAUGAUAAGGUGUAAACAAAAUGGUGCUUUUGAAUAUUAGGAUGAAGUAGAAACGGAAACCUAACACUUACACAUACACGGAAACUCUAUUGUUUUGACGCUAGGAAGAAACAAAAUGAAAAAAAAAGCUUUUUGUAAAUAUUUUUGUUACUUUCUGUCCGAAAACGAAACACGGCAAAGUCAAUGAAACUCGUGUUAACCAUUUUUCCCCUCAAGAAAAAAAAAACGUUAUGGAGAAAAUGCAAAAAUAUUGAUGUGUGAAUAUAGUCAUUAAUCAUCGUCGGCAGUAAGUUAAAAACAAUAAGAAUGGAAAUUUAUAUACAUCCAAAACAAUAAGGAAAAAUGAUAUGUAUGUAUUUUCUGUCCAAAUUUACAUAUACACAUUGAAGAAAAGAACGAUGUGAGGGAAAACAUUUCGAAACGGAGAACCAUUAAGGGUUACAUGAACUUUAUAUUUUUCUUGAAAUGUCUAAAUGUGAUAUAGGUUAUAUUAAAAACAGACUAGCGAAACAAAAUAAGAUGGAAACCCAUGAAUGAAAACUAAUUUAAAUUUUUAGGAAACUAAAAAUGAACUGGAAAACAAAUAUUUAGGUAUCUUUUAUAAUCAAAACGCAAACUUCGAUUCGAGAAAAAAUGAAACACAAAAUUAUCAUCAAAAAGCAACAAAAAACAACCCUAAUCGUAAAUGGUUUGAGAAAUGGAAGAUCCACAAAAGAGAAAAACUACUAUUUAGAGAGCUAUCAAAAUUAUAUACAACUGAAAAUCAAAAACAAAAAUCAUUCAAAACAAAAUCACAUAUGAACUCGUGAACUUUGUGGUCCAAAAUAAAACUAAAACAAAAUAAAACUUUACAACCAGAGGAGAACUUGAAAAUUACAUCACCGUUUGAACCAGUUAAAAGAGACGAUAGAACAAAGUGUUACCUUCAACAGCCAAGAUCACACAGGUGACACACGAUUAAUGACUUAACCAUCACAGCAGUUUUGGUACCCAUUUCGGAAAAUAGCACGGUACCAAGAACAAAAAUCUGUUUCGUGUUUUCUGUUCCGUAAGCCUUUAUGUUUAUAUUCCAACUGACAACAACAAUAGCCACAAUGUACACCAAUACACCGCAAAAGUAAGCAGAAAUCCACAUUCUCACUGACAGCAGCAUCCAUAGAAACCAAUACGAAAAAAAAACAAAAGUUCAUUACUAAAACCAGCAAACACACAUUUAUACACAUACACCGAUAACACAACCAUCACCAUAACUCAAUCAAUAGAUCAAAAUAUAGCGCCCAAAAGGGUCUAUUCCCCAGGCACCCGGUAUAAGUUUCUUAUACUACAAGGAAAAUACAGAUACAAAACAGGAUUAAACAUCAACAACUACAGCAGCAAAACAAACAACGACAUUGGGACCCAAAUAUGAGCUCAAAUCUGUCAGCCCAAGUGUCAAAUGAGCCGUCACCUGUCACGUGUACACUCACUCAAAACACACACACACAGUAGCAUUCCAAAGGUUAAGCAUUUAGUAAACAAAGCUACAAAACGUAAUUCAGGGACGAUCACCUCGUCAAACAACAUCACAUUCCCAUGGGACGACUCAACAAACGGUGGUAGAUGACGGUUUGACAGUUGUGCUGACAGCUGACAGCACGUUGUUUGGAUUCCCUCAGAUGAAUCUUCAGGUUUUUUGUUUGCAACAACCCAAACAAAUAACAAUUCAAUCUCCUUCUUGCUCGCUCACUUCUCGCUUUGAAAAACGAGUGUGAGCAAGAGAGCGAAGGAACAGUAAAAUAUCUAAUUUUUAUAAUAUGCACGUGACUGAUCACGUGGAAACACCGGUUUUCGGUUACAACUUUUAUUUUGACCAUUUUCGUUUAGGUUAACUACGAAAAGAUGGAACAUAAAACAGAAAAAUCUAUCAAAACGUUGAAUACCAUUCCAAAAAAAAAAAAUCUAUCUAAAUACCGAUGAAACGGAACAGAAUGAAAAAGCAGGCAAGCAUGCAAGAAUAUUGAUUAAUUUCAUUAUUGUUACGUUAAAGUGUUUAUCCAUUUAUAGUAAGCUUAUAUUUUUGUCAAAUAUUUUUUUAUUACCUCUUACAAGAUGUCAGUUCAUUUUUAUUGCUUAUUAUCGUUUUUAUUCUAUUUUCACCAACUUUUUAUCAUCUAUCUAAUUUUAUUGACUUUAUUACAAGAGCAUUAUUGAUUUUAAAAAGACAACUGCAGUUAUAUUUUUUUCACUGUAGAUAAUUAGUUAUUUGCGCUACAAGCUCCGCCUGAGGAGUAAUUUCAGCGCAACUGUUUUCAAAAUUAUUGGUUUAUCACGUAGUGUCUUUAAGAGUCUGUUAUCUUCAAACAAAGAAACAAGCAGUUAGUUUACGUUUAAGGUAAAAGUUUUAUUUUUAAGCUUAGUUUUUGAAAACAGUGGUAGGAAAAGAAGCGAUAACAAUGUAAGAGAAACGAAUCAAUAUUCUUAUGCCAACAAAUCUCCUUAACGCAAUUAAGCAAGGUGAGAUGAAAAGCAUUUUCUACUUAACAAAGGCAACAAGCAGAAACUAGGGGAAACGCAUGUAACCACAUGAACGCGACUGAACAGUUGCUUAAGAAGAGCGAAUUUUGCUGAACAAGUAUAGAACAAGCAUAGGAAAGAAGGGACACUGUUUCGCAAAUAAAAAAAAAAACAAGUUAAACAAAAAAGGCAUAUGAGUUAUCAGUAACAUAAGAAAUGAAAGGAAAUAUAAGUGUAAAAUAUUGUAAGUUAUGCAGAAAGCUCUAGAGAUAAAUUAAUUGAUCAAAGGAAAACAAACAAUAGAAUUUAUGAACAAAAAAAAACGGAUAAAGUAAGGAUGAAUAAUUAUAUGACACAUCAAGAAAACAAAAAAUACAACAUGAUUCAAGACAGUAAUAGUACCGCUUCGAACAUUAAACUUGUGCUAAUCUUUUGUUUUGCAUUCUACUUGUAAAUAUGACAUAAAGAGCAACUUUCAGUAAGUUAUGUUUGUUGUUGUUUUGAGUCUUGAGUUUUGUUUCAAUUUGUCCCACGAGCGUUUGUGUACAUACAACAACUAGUUUGUGAUGGACCUUUGUAUUGAGUUCAAAAAAUCGUUAUCUAUAAACUAAACCAAACACAGAAAUGAUUGGAAAAGACACAGUUUAAAUGAUAAUUUCUUCGAUAGUUCUUGAACAAAAUUUGCAUCACUUAUUAAAAUCACCAACUGCAUGAAACAGGAAAAAACAGAAAAUUUAAAAUAUCACACUGUACACACAAAAAACAAACAAUUGAUGAUUUUCCAUGCAGAUUCAAAAAAAGUUGAAAACUCACAAAAAAAAACACUUCUUACAAUAGAAAAACCAGUAAAUAACAGUUUUAAGAAAAUAGUCCAAUUACCUAUUAAAGAAAGCAGAAAAAGUUGAUAAAACCAAUACACAAACAAUAGGAGUGCGGUGCAAAAAAGAAACAAACAAAGCACGAACAGAAACAAUCCUGAUUUAAACAUCUGAAAAAAAAAACAAUUACAACAACAAAAUAACAAUAGAAGCAACAGGGAAGAUCCGAGCUUCUCUGUGCCACAAUAACAGUCCAACAGUUUUUAAUAUAUGAUUUGGCGGAUGCUGACUUGGCACGAAUCCGCGAAUGUGUGUGCGCUUAGUGCGCUCGUGACAGCUGGUGAGAGCGUGUGCGCCGCGAGCGAGUACGUAAAUUUGCAGAUUUAUCAAUCAUUUCAUUUCGAGACGAGAGGCUUUUUGAUUUUUAGGAGGUUUAGCAAAGCGUUUUUCGACAGGCCAGAAUCAUCCGCGAGCAAAGUGUCGACUAAGGCCCAAAUUUGUGCCAGUUUAAGUUGUAAGCGUAUAGGGAUAGCAGCGACACACAUUACUUAAGUUUGGUAGGUUAAGGUUGCGAGUAGGUUUUAGUUUGUGUAACAUAAUCUGGACGAAAUUCACCGCAGCGAGAAGCGCAGUAGGAGGAACGCCGCACACGGAAAGACAAAGUGCUAAGGAGGCAUAGAUGGUUAGAGAAAGAGAAAAAUAUGGUUUUCUAUUUUAUGUACAGAGAAAGAUUCCUUCAAUGGGAAUACAAAGUGUCGGGAUCAGUAGCAAGCAAAUUAUUUUAAGAAUGUUUAGUUUUUUUUUGUUUUUAUUUUAAACAUAAAAUUAAAUAGAAAACAUACGCAUGAAGCCAAUGGUUAACUUUUAAGGCUAGCCCCUAAGGGAUGUAAUUUUUACUCAGUGUUAAGCAAUAUUCAUUUCGUAUAACAAGUACAAUACAUUAUUAAGCGAGACGCAAAGCAGUUCAGUUAGUAUGAAGUUACAAUUAUGACGAUAGCUAGUGAUAAAAGGUGUCGGUUAGGUCGCAAGCGCAAGCUACAUCAACCAAGUCUGCCGUCGAUGCACUAACACACACACAAACGCCAAUUCAUCUUGCAGCAAUGUUACACUCACACCAAACAAUAGACAAGAGUUUGUUAUUUCCAUCUGAAAACGAAAAAAAAAACACAAAAUCUGCUCCAGUAAACAGAAAAAAGACAAAACUCAAAGAGACUGAAAUAACCAUUUAGAACGACAAAAACGAAGCUUUCCGAAAAAAAUGGACUUUACGUUUUAGUUUAACUUGCGAGUCAUUUUGGGACCAUAACUUAUCAAAAAACAAACAGCUUCUAAAGACCCAUAUCUAAAGCAAACACACAACAAAAACGCGUCAAAAUAAUGUUCGAUACGAUAACUUCCAUGCCUUUUUAUGUAUGACGAACGCCAGUGCUGGUUUAGAACCGGCAGGUCGGCAGACCACCUGCAGCCGAUCGCGCCAUUUCCAGUAUUUCUGGCACAAGGAAGAGCAGAGACCCCUCGAAGAAAGCAUCUGAAGAUGAACAAACCUAACUGAGAACAAACAAAAAGAAACAUCGGAAUCAAUAAAUCACAUAUUAACACAUUGUGGGAUUGUUAUCACGAGAAGAAAUUUAACAACAGCAAGCAAAUAAAACUACAACGCUGGACAAGUAGUUUCAAUGCAGAAAACCGAGCUGCACAUUCAACUUGUAAAAAAACAAAGACAGGAAGCUCCUACCAAAUCAAAUCAAGGAACAAAAUGCAUUGAAAACAAACAACAACACAAAUUCACUACAUGUUCGACGGUAAACCAGCAACAAACAACAAGCUUGACAAGAG